CACACAAACAAACACACACGCACACAUACACACACACACACUCCGUAUGUACAGCACCUUAUGUAUGUGCAUCCUUGCCGCUUUCUCCUAAUCUCGGGGGGGUGAGCACGCAUCUACACAAGCACAAACAUACUUGAUGUCUUUUCGUUGCUCCGACCUGUACCAUCCUUGCGUCUUUGUUCCACCGAUGUGGACGACCGAACGAACCGAACCGACCGACCCCUGUUCCUCAUCCCUGACUGCGCGCGCAAGAUCGGGUCGACCGAAAGAUCGUUAUUACGACGGCAGCUCUGGCAAGGCCAGGCCAGGCCAGGCCAGGCCAGGUCCCUGCGUCCCUCCGUCCUCCUCGCGCCUAGGUAUUCCUUGCCCGGGGGCGCGCCUCACCGAAUUCGGCUCGUCGUCCGCCGUCCGUGCUUCUGCGCCGCCGCCGAGGAGGAGGGCUCACCGAGACGGUGAGAGACGCCCUACCCCCGUCUGUCCGUCAUCAUCAGUCAGUGGUCCCCGAGGCGUGUCGCAAAUCUCCGGACCCAUGGACCGAGCCACGAAUCAAUCGCGCCCGCCCGUCAAGGUCCGGGCCAAGGAAGGAGCGGCUCCUUGGGCGUUGGCACCGUCGUCACGACCCCGGACUGGGGCUUCCCAGGCUGGCCGGAGGGAAGAUGCACUGGGAACGGUGAGGCGUCCGCGGUGCAGCAGCAUCGGCAUCAGCAGCAUCAGCAUCAGCAUCAGCAUCAGCAGCAGGAGCGACGGCAUGGCGAUGGGCACAUGGCGUGUCGUCUGCUUUGUUGGGACAGUCGAGUCGACUGGACAAAGACAAAAGUGACAGCUGUCAAACCCCGGCCCAAGCUUGCCCGCCGUGGCAUCCCGUCAUCCCGCCUCGUCUCCCGAAGCGCAGUCUUGCGCCGAACGACACAUCGCGCAAACCAAACCCUUGCAGCAGCAAGCAGCAGCAUCUCGACCCCAGCCCUCAUCAACCACACACAUGGGACCUGGGGUUACGAAGUAAUUACAGUACGACAACUGUACCGUGUCGUACAUGUACCUUCUGGGGACAGCCAACAGUGCCCCCAUGCGCACGUGUGCAGAGAGGCGUAAAAGGGCUGGGCCCAGCUGGCUGGUCGCGCGCGUUGGCGGCGCUCGCGUGCACCCCCGGGACCAACAACCGCACAGGCUUCCCGAGGAGGCAACGCCCUCUGCGACCCGGCGCUUGGGUCUCUGGCUGGCUGGCUGGCUGGCUGGCUGAGGACAACGGGAUGCAAGGCGCAAAGGUUUUCGCGCCCAGAUGCGACGGGGCUUGCAUCCCCUUGCCAUGAGCCCAUCGUCAUAAUUGAAAGUGAAAAAUAAAAUAAAAUAUGGGAGCUCUGCGGCUGAGGUUCUGGG